CCAUUGGUUGCCGCGCUGUACACCCGCGCGUGUUCCUACUUUGCCCAUAUAAAGAGCGGCCCUAAGGGCCGCUUCCGCUCACUCGCUAUUGCUCCGCAUACCUGUCGCCUGAUCAGCUGAUGACGUAACAUACGACGAGCGUUCACGCGUGCGGGAACGAAAAUUGCGUGUGCGUCUGUUGUGUGUGUCGGUGUCUCGGUGCGCGUCCGCGGUGGCCGCGAGCGGCGACGUAUGGCGUAGGAGAGUUUGGGCGAGGUGAUAACCCGUUCCCCCGAAUCGAGAAGUUGCCCGUUUCUUCGCGCGCGUGCAGCCCCGUCGUCGCGCGUCGCACGCACCGCUCGCGUCCGCACAGGUUUCGUUGUCACGCACGGGAAGGGCGUACGGCGCGUCGUGAGUAUACAGCGGUUUACAACGUGCGAUCCGCUAAUUCUGUCCUCGCUAAGCGGCAGCGCGUGGAGACCAAGAGACUCAAAGAGUGCAAGAGAGAAAGAGAGAGAGAGAGAGAGAGAGAGAGAAAGAGAUAGUGAGUCAGACAGUGAGAAAGAGGAAGAGGGAGAAGAAGAGAGAGAGAGAGAAAGAGGAAAGCAGAGACGAGAGAACGGAUCGGAUCGCGCCAGGAUGAGCGUCGACGCGUACGGUCCCAGCAGCCAGACCCUUACGUUCCUCGACACCGAGGAGACCGACCUGAUCGGCGCGGACACGCAGGGCAGCGAGUUUGACUUCACCGACUUCACCCUACCGUCACCAAGUCAGACCCAAGCAUCGCAGCACGAUGCGACCCAGACGCAGUCCAGUCAACCCAUUCAGGUCAAUGGAACGAAUGGUAGCUCGUCGUUGGAUUUGAAGAUUUCUGGAGCAGCCCAGAGUCUUGCUGAGUUACAAUUUGAAGAAGAGGAGGAGGAAGCUUAUUACAAUCGUGAUUUGCCUGACCAUGCAUGUAAAUACUGUGGUAUCCAUGAGGCAUCCUGCGUGGUUAUGUGCAACGUCUGCCGCAAGUGGUUCUGCAAUGGACGUGGCAAUACAUCGGGAUCGCAUAUUAUUAAUCAUCUUGUUCGUGCUAAACAUAAGGAAGUCACUUUACACAGAGAUGGCCCUCUUGGUGAAACCGUUUUGGAAUGUUAUUCCUGUGCUACGAGAAAUGUUUUUGUAUUGGGUUUUAUUCCCGCUAAAGCCGAUUCCGUAGUCGUACUGCUCUGCCGCCAGCCAUGCGCGGCACAGAGUUCUUUGAAGGAUAUGAAUUGGGAUCAAGAACAAUGGAAGCCAUUGAUCGAAGAUCGCAGCUUUUUGUCUUGGUUAGUAAAGUUCCCAUCCGAACAAGAACAAUUGAGAGCUAGACAGAUUUCUGCGCAACAAAUUAAUAAAUUGGAGGAGUUGUGGCGGGACAACGUCGAUGCUACUUUUCAAGAUUUAGAAAAACCUGGAGUAGAUGAGGAACCGCAGCAGGUUCUAUUACGUUACGAGGAUGGAUAUCAGUAUCAAAAUAUCUUUGGCCCACUUGUAAAAUUGGAAGCUGAUUAUGAUAAACGUCUGAAAGAAUCUCAAACUCAAGAGAAUAUCGAAGUACGAUGGGACGUCGGAUUGAACAAGAAGACUAUCGCGUAUUUUAUGUUGGCCAAAACAGACGGAGAUAUGAAGUUGAUGCACGGGGAUGAAUUGAGGCUCCGUUAUCUGGGAGAACUUCAUAAGCCUUGGUCUGGAAUUGGACACGUGAUUAAGAUUCCCGACAAUUACGGAGAGGAAGUAGGAAUUGAGCUGAAAAAUAAUUCUGGAGCACCAACGGAAUGCAUUAGUAACUUUGUUGUUGAUUUUAUUUGGAAGAGCACAAGUUUUGAUCGAAUGCAGUCCGCGCUACGCAAAUUUGCAGUGGAUGACUCGUCUGUAUCGGGUUACAUAUAUCACAGACUAUUGGGACACGAAGUAGAAGAGGUUCUGUUCCGUUGUCAUCUCCCUAAACAUUUUAGCGCACCAAAUCUACCUGAUUUGAACAGAUCACAGGUAUAUGCUGUGAAACAUGCGAUACAACGACCUUUAUCCUUGAUCCAAGGACCACCUGGAACAGGUAAAACUGUGACAAGCGCCACCAUAGUUUAUCAACUGGUGAAACAGAACGGUGGUCCGGUUCUUGUAUGCGCUCCUUCAAACACCGCUGUCGAUCAACUGACCGAGAAGAUACAUAAAUCAAACUUGAAAGUUGUACGAUUGUGUGCCAAAUCGCGAGAGGCCAUCGAUUCGCCAGUGAGUUUCCUCGCGCUACAUAAUCAAAUAAAAAACAUGGAGACGAACACCGAAUUGCAGAAAUUGCAACAGCUGAAGGAUGAGACGGGCGAAUUGUCGAGCGUUGAUGAGAAACGCUAUAGACUUUUGAAGAAAGCGGCGGAGAAGGAGCUUCUCGAAGCGGCCGAUGUAAUUUGUUGCACUUGCGUCGGCGCCGGUGAUCCAAGAUUGCACAGAUUAAAGUUCCAUUCUAUACUUAUCGACGAGAGCAUGCAGGCCACUGAGCCGGAGUGCAUGGUACCAGUUGUUCUAGGAGCAAAGCAAUUGAUUCUCGUCGGAGAUCACUGCCAAUUAGGUCCGGUAGUGAUGUGCAAGAAAGCUGCCAGAGCCGGUUUGUCUCAAUCUCUGUUCGAGAGACUGGUAGUGCUGGGAAUUAGACCAUUCCGCUUGGAAGUACAAUAUCGUAUGCAUCCUGAUCUUUCACGAUUUCCAUCGAAUUUUUUCUACGAAGGUUCUCUGCAAAAUGGCGUUUGCGCUGAUGAAAGAAAAUUACUGAAAAUCGACUUUCCUUGGCCCGCACCAGACAAACCAAUGUUUUUUUACGUCACUCAAGGUCAAGAGGAGAUAGCUGGAAGUGGGACAUCUUAUUUGAAUCGUACUGAGGCGUCUAAUGUGGAAAAGAUAACGACGCGGUUCUUACGUUGUGGCGUGAAACCAGAGCAGAUUGGAGUGAUAACCCCGUACGAAGGUCAACGGGCUUAUCUCGUGCAAUAUAUGCAGUACCAAGGUUCUCUACACUCAAAAUUGUAUCAAGAAAUUGAAGUGGCGAGUGUGGAUGCUUUUCAGGGACGAGAGAAGGACAUAAUAAUAAUGUCCUGUGUACGAUCUAACGAACAUCAAGGCAUUGGAUUCUUAAAUGAUCCCAGAAGAUUGAACGUGGCAUUGACUCGCGCAAAAUAUGGCAUCAUUAUCGUAGGAAAUCCCAAGGUACUCUCGAAGCAGCCACUCUGGAACCAUCUGCUUAGCUUUUAUAAGGAGCAAAAGGUUCUGGUUGAAGGACCGUUGAACAAUCUAAAAGAGUCCAUGAUUCAAUUCGCUAAGCCAAAGAAACUUGUAAACGCGGCCAAUCCGGGAUCGCAUUUUAUGUCCACGUCGAUGUACGAUGCGCGCGAAGCCCUGAUCCCUGGAUCAGUGUACGAUCGUUCUGGCACACAGGUGAAUGGCACGCAAAAUCACAAUCCGUAUUACCAAAGAAACCACGUGCCACUCGACAUUUUCAGUCGUACUCAUGAUACUAUCAGCUAUAUCAGUCCGGAGCGGGCACAGGCGGCGAUGAACAACAUGCCUGUACCAGUUGGUAUGUUCAUGAAUAUGGCGCACGUGCCGCCACGUUUCUACAAUCAGCAUCAACAAGCAUUACAGGCGCGUCAGAAUCAGAGAAACCGGCGUGGCGCUGCUGCCUCGGCGAGAAACAAAUCGGGCCCGCGUAUGGGCAAACUGAGCCAGACCGAGCAAAACACACAACCGUAUAGUCAACCAGGUCUGCCGUUGACACAAGGCACGACCCAGGGCAUGUCCCAACCUGGUUUCAGUUUAUCACAGCCUGGUCUCAGUCAGGCGGAACUCUCUCAGGACUCGUUCGCGGUCGGCGAUUUCCAAUCACAGAUGGACGGUCUAUUAUCGCAGGAUUCGACCUAUCAGGGUGACCGAAGUGGCUUCUAUCAGUCGGGCCAGUCGCAAGCCGGAGGACAGUUCUCGCAGCCCUACUGAGCCGAGACCUACCUACGGCUGAGCAACGCAAUUGCCAUGCCAUGAAGGCUCGUUCGACCAAUUCUUCUUCGACCAACAACCACAAAUCACUAACUGCGCAAAACGGUACGACGGCUCGACGAUCGAGUACGAUAUUAUGCAGCAUACACUCAUGUCGUCGACAUGAGGUAAAGGGAAAUGAGAGGAGAAUGAAGGUUCCGUAAGCUAAUUCGCCGUUGGAGGAUUCCACCGUGGACGCGGAAACACGCAAGGCUUAUCUAUCUACUACUGAUUGUAAUAAGUGCAACGAGGGCAGAGAAGAACAUUUGCGCAGGCUGGAGAACGACGAACGACUACUGUCAAUCACCGUGACACGCGCUUACUGUGAAUGGACCGUUUUAUCGCCGAAUCAAGUGACGCUAUAACUAAACAAAAAUAAAAAGGAAUAUACAAUGAUAUUAAAAAAAAAGAAAGAAAAAAACGUAUCGCAUCAUAAUUUGAUCGAACUUGACAAAUGUUGCCAAACGUUGCGUCACGCUCAGAUGACUACAGCGAGGGAAUUCGUGAAAUAUCUAUUUAAUAAUCUAUAAGCUACGGAAGAUUGGACUGUAACAGCACUAAGACCUCACAGGUUUCUUCCACUUUAUCACGGAAUCAAAUGGAAAAAGUACUGAGGAAAUUAAGAAGGAGCAUAAAUUGUAUUCGAGAAUUCUUUCGUACACGCACCGUUAUCUCGAGCGCUGAGGGAAAAACACUGAGGGAAAGAUUUGUUGCCUCGAACGCGUGGGCGCACGUCACACACAGAUUGAGAGUCGAUAUCGGUUUCUCCGGCGGAAUUUUGUCGAUGGGAAUCGCCAAUGUUGCAUCAUCAGACAGUAUGAAGCCAACACGUUUCAACAUCAUCACGGAGAUGGGACAUCCUUUCUCAAAGGACUGGCACCUCUGCCGGUCGUGAGAAAUUCAUCGGUGGUUUUGAUCAUGUUGAUUAGUUUUUUUUUCCUUAUUUUAUAUCUAUUGCUUAUUUUACCACAGGAGUCAACGGAGCGCAUAAUUGGAAGGAUUGCUUUCUUUCGAUAGAUCCUUAGCAGACUGAGCUAGUGGUCACCGUGACCAAGAAAACAGUAUAGACGCACUGCUUACCACAAUAUAUUCUUUCGCGUAUCGUGUUUAACAUAUCGUUUUUUAACCUUUUCGCGACGAUGAACAAUAAUGCGUGAUAAAACAAGACGUUACUCUAUUUUAAGAGUACUGCUUCCGACGUUUCGAAAUUGAAAUAUAUAAUUUCAUCACGUCCAAUAUAUUGUGUACAAAUAUAAUCGUGAAUCGACGUGUAAGAAAUUAUUGAAAUCUAUUUAAGAAUUUGACGAGCCAUUAACUAUCGGUCUGGGAAAAAGAUUUCCAGUGAGCUGUGUUGGUGGCUGCUCGUAGCGAAAGAGUUAAAUGCGAAAAUGAUAAUCGAUGAUUUUAGGAAAAGGUCUUCAUUUAUACUUUUUCCAAUAUGGCACGUGCCAUAUUACAAAAAUUCUACAUUAUUGCGUGUUUCAGACAUUGCCAUUAUCCGUAAUGGUACAAGAUUUUGUCAUUGGAAAAUCUCGCAUUUAUAGACCGGAAAAUGCCUUUCUGUACACUGUUUUUUAUUCGGAACGCCUUUCUGUUGCUUCCAAAUUCCUGCCUCCAAUUCUAUAGUCUGUCUGUACUGGCUUCUGGCGGUAAUAUAAAUUUAUUAUAUUGCAAUAGAUUAAGUAAUAAUUCAUGUAACCUGCAUUAUACAACACAAAAUUGUUUUAUUUUUUUUUGUCCGAUAACAGCGCACCGCUAAUAUAAUAGCAGAUUAUAAUAUUGAAAUUUAUUGUGAAAUCUUAUGGAAAAAAUAAAUUUGGUUUGAAAGCAA